AUGCCCCCAACCCCUCGUCCCUACAUGUGCUUGAACACUCUCCCUGUGUUCAAGGCUAUGUAUUCCCUUUUCCUACUCUCAUGUUUAUAUCAAGAUCUUUCAAAUGUGGCAAAUGAGGGACUUCUGAAGGAACGUUUCUUUUGGGUUCCCUCUUUGGGAGACCCAACUACAAUUGCUGCUCGACAAAACGGAUCUGGAAUUUUUUGGCUCAUUCCAUUUGUGGUAAAGACGGUCAUCCGCAAUUGGGUUGGCAUGGCACUGCAGUGUACCUUGUUUUACCAGUCCUCCUUGUUAUUUCUUAGACCAAGUUUUUUAAUUUUCUUCUCCUUUGAUUUCUUUCCAAAUUUGUGCUCUGAACUGUCUUGUUGGCAGACCAAUGAUCUGAGUCGAAAGAACGCGCUUCUUGUCUUUAAGUUUCUUCCUUUCAUGAUUAGCUACUUUCCCUUGUCUGUCCCAUCGGGGUUGUCAAUUUACUGGUUAGUUUUCAAGUACAAAUAUAAUCUAUUAUUGUUGUAUUCAACAUCAGUGUCUCAAGUUUCUCUCCUGUAUAGUUUGUCUGUUCACAAACAAUGUGCUGAGCACAGCGUAGCAAGUAUAGUUACACAAAUUGGUGCAGGUUGUCAAAACGAUCAGCUUCUCAGACAGAACGAACUGGCGACGGGUUGGUUUAGACAGUUAAGAGGAGAAGAGAAUAAGAAAAAAUUCAGUAAGACGCUGCCUGCAGAACAGGUUCAGACUAUGUUAUCUGCAUCUGAUUCUGAAGAAGGUUCAGAUGAAGAGACUCAGUCAAAGGAUAAGGAGGUUCUGGAGGAGGCAUAUGCUUUAAGCAGUAGUAAAUCGGUUCCAGAUUAUUCUGGCCCAAGGAGGUCUAAGCGAUCAAAGCGGAAGCAUCCGGUAUGA